AUGAAAUAACCUGUUCAUUGUCAUUAAGUUACUAAAGAAGAUGUUAUGAAAUUAUAAUUAAAAAUGAAAGAGGAAAUUAGAGAAAUGAUGAAAUAAACUGAUUUAUUUCCUAAAGACUUACUCUUUGUUAAUAGAAAUAUGAAUCUAGUUAGAUCUGUCAAUAAAAGAUGUGGAAGUCUUGUUAAUAGAAUCAAUAUUAUGGCAAGAUAUGCAUAAUAAGGUACAUAAUAAUUUAACGAUAUUCUUGAAUCCUAAAAAUUCAAUAAAAAGUAUCAUUCAAGUUUCAUGUUUGAAUUAAGAUUAUGGGUAUCUGGAUUAAUCUAUUCAUUACUCUCAAUAUGGCUAAAAUGGAAAAAAAAUUAAAAAAUUGAAGAUUUUCUUGAAUAAAAAUAAAAGGAAUAAUUUUAGGGAAUACAUGAAUAAUAUGGUUUUAAAACUCCUGAUGAAAAAACUUUUGAUGCUUGA